AUGUAGUAUGAUCCACAGAGCGAAAAGUCUGGUCGUCCGCAGCUGCUUCGGAAAGAGGGGGAUCUGGAGAGAGGGAGGAGAGGAGAGGAGAGAAAGAAAGUGACAGGAAGCCACCUCAUUAAACACUGACAGCGGGUCAAAGGCAGAGAGGAGAAGAAAGAGUGUGUCCAGAACACACCAUAAGCAUAUUGUGGUCUUAGAAGUGGAAAAGCCAGCAGAAAAGGGGUGGUCUGUUACUUCAGAAAAGAAAAAGUGUGAACUAAAAGGAAAGUUUCCCUGAAAAAGUUAGAGACUCCAUCAUGUCAACGCUCUCGGCAGAGACAGGCCCUGAGGAUGCCAACAAUCAGAGCUUCUGGAUGCCAGGGAACUACCACCAGACAGUGAAGAGGACCGAAGAUGCCUUCCAGGCAUGUAAUGAUAUAGUGGCGUGUUUCCAGGAGAGGGCCAGGGUCGAGAGACAGUAUGCGCAGCAACUUAGUGAGUGGAGUACCAAGUGGAAACCUCUAGUGGAUGCCAGUCCUCUCUAUGGCUCUCUGUUACGAGCAUGGCAGUGCUUCCUCUCUUCUGCUGACCGCCUCUCCUCGCUGCACUCCUCCAUCUGUCGUGCUCUGGUGUCAGAGGAUGGAGAUCGCAUCCGGACGUGGCAGAAGGAGACUUUCCAUAAGAAGAUAUUUGGAGGUUUCAAGGAGUCCCAGGAUUUUGAAACUGGUUUCUCACGUGCUCAGAAGCCCUGGGCCAAGAGACUGAAGAAGCUAGAGAAGGCUAAGUCAGCGUUUCACAAAGCUUGCCGUAAGGAACACAUGGCUCGUGAGAGGGAGGCCCAUGCCCAAGGCAACCCUGACAUUGCCAUCGAGAAACAGAGGAAGAUCCAGGAAGAGACUGAACUGGCUCACCAGGAAACAGAGAAAGUGCGAGCCCGUUAUGAGAAGGUUCUUGAGGAAGUGACGCGUUAUGCUCCACGCUACAUGGAGGAAAUGGAGUCGAUCUUUGACCAAUCGCAAGAGGAGGAGAGAAAGAGGAUAAGCUUCCUCAAACAGGCUUUCCUGUCCAUCCACAGACACUUGGAUGUCACCAACAAUGAUAGCGUAAAAGCCGUGUACAAUGAGCUCCAUAACACUCUGAUGUCCAUCAGCGAGCAGGAAGAUUUGCGCUGGUGGAAGAAUUCACACGGGCCAGGAAUGCCCACCGACUGGCCUCAAUUUCAGGAGUGGACUCCAGACAAGAAGCAUAAAAAGGGAAAGAAGGAGGUGGAGCAGAAAGCAGUAGUGAUGGAGAGAAGUGUAAUGAUUGGAGGAGUGAGAGUCAGAGCUCUCUAUGACUAUGUUGGACAGGAGACAGAUGAACUGUCCUUCAAAGCAGGUGAGGAGUUUCUGAAGAUCGAGGAUGAGGAUGAUCAGGGUUGGUGCAGAGGCAUGAUGGACGGAGGGAAAGAGGGCCUUUACCCUGCUAACUACGUGGAGGUGGUGUAAAACCACAGGACAACAUCGAGCUCUAGCUCUGGGGUCCGUAAAAUGCCUACAGGCGCCCAGGUUUAAGCCUGAUUCACAGCCAUUUUUAUUGAAGAUUGCUUUGUUUUCUGUGAACGGAUGGCACACAGGUAUGGGUUUAGAGUUGAAUUGAGUGCGCUAAGUUGGGAUCAGAAUGAGAAAAUGUUUCCAAAGUUCCUUCACCACGAUCUUACUUGAGAACAUUGUAAUGUUAUAUUUUAUUGUGUGUCACAUUGUAGCUUUAAGUCAAAAAUGUGACCCUGGACCACAAAACCAGUCUUAAGUCGCUGGGGUAUAUUUGUAGCAAUAGCCAAAAAUACAUUGUAUGGGUCAAAAUUAUCCAUUUUUAUUUUAUGCCAAAAAUCAUUAGGAUAUUAAGUAAAGAUCAUGUUCCAUGAAGAUGUUUAGUGCAUUUUCUACCAUAAAUAUAUCAAAACUGAAUUUUUGAUCAGUAAUAUGUUUUGCUAAGAACUUCAUUUGGACAACUUUAAAGGUGAUUUUCUCAGUAUUUAGAUUUUUUUUGCACCCUCAGAUUCCAGAUUUUCAAAUAGUCGUAUCUUGUCCAAAUAUUGUCCGAUCCUAACAAACCAUACAUCAAUGGAAAGCUUAUUUAUUCAGCUUUCAGAUGAUGUAUAAAUCUCAAUUUCGAAAAAUUGACAAUUAUGACUGGUUUUGUGGUCCAAGGUCACAGAUAUGCAGAGAUUUUCAUACGUUAUAAUAUGAUUAGGUACCGAGAUCCUCUAAUAUAUAUAUAGAGAAUAUGAACUGCAUUGUCUUGAUGCUUGCAUGAACCUACAGAGUAUUUUAAGGACAAUGUCUCACACCAAAGACUUCACUGCUUAUUUACGUUUUAUCAGUGACAUAUUUCUUCUGAUGAGAAUUACAUUAUAUCUGAUGCCUGUGUAAAAGGGGCCAGAUGGUUAUGAUGUCAUCUACAGCUGCGAAUUUCACGCAAGGUGUUAAUAGGUAUGAUAAUAUGCUAUUUUAUCCACUUUGGUCUUGCUUGUUAAUGUCGCUUGUCUCACAUUUAGUAAUUUUAGUUACACAAAGGCAGUACUAAUCAACACCACUUUAAAGUGAUAGCCAUGGGACUCAUUAUGGUCUCUUCUUGUGUAUUUCUGUUGUGUUUUAAGAUGUCAGUCUAACCAAAGAAAAUGUAUGCAAAUGAGCACAGUGUUUGUUUGUGCCGAAGUGCACAAACAAGAGUAAAUUACAUUGGAUCAGGGCAGUAUUUUCUGCACCAUCACUAAUCUAAUGCGAACGCUAGCAGUAUUAAAAGGGAUACAUAUUA